AGCCGCGGUGACUUUAUCCAGCAGCUUGGUUUUCCUCUACAAAAUGGACGAUCGGAUGGACCUCUCUUGGAGUUGUUAUCUCGCUGCAGUAGCGGGGGCUAUUUUCAUGUUCUACUGGACACCCCUCUUUGUCAACUUCUGCCUGAUCUACGAGAAAGACAGACAGAAGCCCUCGGGACAUUCGUUUGUAGAAAACUUGAGUAUGGGUGUAAUCGAGACGGACACUAUAUCAGGUGGCGAAAGCUUUUUAUUUAAACCAAGCAGCGCUGUUGCGACCGUCUCCCUUGACAAAGAACAGAACGAAACUCGUGUUAAGUUUAACAUUGGCGGUAAUCUGGGAAAUGACCAAAAUAAUGUGGACAAGGAAGAGGCGAAAGACAGCGCUCAGAAUGACGCAAACACGGGAAAUCCCGAAGAGAAGGCGGGGGUGGUACAAGAUGAAGUAAACGGAGAGGGGCGUUUCGAAAGCGAAGCUAUUAAGAAAUCGAAAGGAGAAUCUUCUAAAGGGAAGUUGCAGUCUGUUGAUAAACCAAAGAUGGCAACACCUGCUACAGAGCAGCUCGGAAAAGGUUUGAGCCCAAAAGGAGGAAAAGAAGAAGGAAAAGAUCCCAAAGCUAAGGGAGGAAAAGGGAAGGUUUCUGUGGGUAAAAAAGGGGAAAGCAAAGGUGGGAAAGUAGGUAAAGGGAAAGUGUCCGAUAGUGGAGAAACCAAGAAAACAAAGACAACGACUGUAAGUGAAGGGGAAAAGAAGGAAGGAGAGUCGGCUAAAGAAACACUGUCAAAGAAAACAGGGAAGACGGGUGGUAAGAAAAAGGCGACGAAAAAGUGAACCCAAAAUGGGUAUUCAACUGUGAAAUGUUACACGUUUUAAACUACUGGCGCGCGUGUUUCUUUUCCUCUAAAGAUCUGAAUCUGUUGACAAAAAUUUUUUU